ACACAUGUUUAUGAUUUUUUUUCUGUCUUUAUAAACACACAAGAUAGAUCAAAACUUUCCUUCAAAACAUCACUUGCAAGACUUUUCUUCUUCUGUCUUGUCUGCAUAUAAGAAAAUAAAAUAUGGCAACCAUUGAGGAAAGCUCUGAUUUGGAUGAUAUACAUAAGCAUCUAUUUGAGGACCUGAUGAUGCCUGAUGGUUUCAUGGAAGAUUUUGUCUUUGAUGAUGCUGAUUUUUUCUCAGGACUCUGGUCUCUAGAACCCUUGAACCAAGUUCCUAAACAGGAACCUGGUUCACCGGUUCUUGAUCCAGAUUCCUAUGUCCAAGAGUUUCUGCAAAUGGAAGCAGAAUCAUCAUCAACAACAACAACAACAACAACAACUACAACCACAGCAUCAACUGAGGUUGAAACUGUCUCAAACCGGAAAAGAUCAAAGAGAGCUGAAGAGACAAGGCAUUACAGAGGCGUGAGAAGGAGGCCGUGGGGAAAAUUCGCAGCAGAGAUUCGAGAUCCGGCUAAGAAAGGAUCAAGGAUUUGGCUAGGCACUUUUGAGAGUGACAUUGAUGCUGCGAGAGCUUAUGACUAUGAAGCUUUUAAGCUCAGGGGAAGAAAAGCUGUGCUCAACUUUCCUUUGGAUGCAGGAAAGUAUGAUGCUCCGGUCAAUUCUUGCCGGAAGAGGAGAAGAACCGAUGUACCGGAGCCUCAAGGAACAACUUCCAGUAAUUCAUCAUCGAACUAAUGGGAUUGGUGAUGCUUAAGUUUUAAUUAGUAUAGGUAAAUAUCUAAGUAUGUGAAGUAUCAUGUAUAGAGAGCGAAGAAAAAUGUUGGAUUAGUGUAGUUAAUGUGUAAUAAAGAGUUCCUGUGACAAUGGAACUACUGUGUUCUUUCAUGGCUCAAAGAGGCUCAGGAUGAGUCUAAAGUAUUUAAUUGGUAGAGAUGUCCAGAGAGUAUGAAUCAAAGAAUUGAGUAGAUGUGCAA